CAAGGGAGAUAAAGUUAUAAUGAUAAACAACACAGAUGUAGAGGAUUUGACUCCACAGGCAUUUGCUGAGCUGCUGGUUGAGGAGUCCCCCUUACUUACCAUACAUCAUUCGCCCAAAAGGAAAACCGAAGAAUGUGAAUCUGAGGAAAUCAAUGUGCGUAAAAAGGAGCCGACAGUCAUGAGAUUCAGCGUGAUGAUGGUAAGAGAGGAAGAUCUGGAAGCCACUGGAGUUCAACCAUCGCCAGAGUGGGAAGACAAGGACAUUGAGGAUGACUGUUUCAGUAAAGACAAUCUUCUGCUUGUCUCCAUGGCUGAGACAAGCUUCAGUGUGAUCGUUGCUCGGGGCUGUGAUCCUGACAGCCCUUGCAACAGCUGUGGAGGGAUGAAUUGCCAAUUUAAUGAAGUUGUUGUCCUGCCUGCGACAGCUGAGAUUACCUUUAAUUCUUCAAGGAUUUUGAUGCAGAUUAGAGAGCAAAAGAAUUUGUUCAUUAAGAGUUUCUUGAUGGAAAAGUAUGUCACCCCAGAGAAUCAGCAUAUGCUUUUGAAAGACACUAUGUCAGCAAAAAUCACCCUCUACUAUUAUACUAUCACCAUGGGCUGUGAAGGUGUUCCUGUUGUACUGAACUUCAGUGGCACAGAAAACUUCUUCUGCUGUACCACCAAACAAGGUGACGAUAAGAAGAUUUUGACAGUCAUG